AUGAACCAUCCACAACACCAUACAACUGUUAGCACAGCUGAACCAUCCACAACACCAGCAAGUACAACUACAGCAGAAUCAUCAACAAUUACAACAACUUUAGCUGGAACAUCCACCACUAGUGGAACAGUUACCACAACAGCACCACAAACAACAGCUUCUACUUUUACUUCAGCCACUCACUCUUCAAUUGCCAUUGAAAGUACAACUGUUAGUACAGAUGAACCAUCCACAACACCAGCAAGUACAACAACAGCAGAAUCCUCAUCAAUCACAACAACUUUAGCUGGAACAUCCACCACUAGUGGAACAGUUACCACAACAGCACCACAAACAACUGUUACUACAGGCACAACAUUGAUUCCUUCUUCAAAAGCCAUAGAAAGUACAACAGUUACUACAGAUGGAUUUUCUACAACACUGUAUACAACUGCUGCAAAAAUAGUAUCUGAGGUGCUAACAAAGUUGGAGUUUCGCUCUAUCGACACAUUUAUUCCUGAACUCAGCGAUCCAAACUCUCAGGCUUUCAAGAAUAGGGCACAGCUUGUUAAGGACAAUCUUGAACCAAUAUACAGAGCCAAGUAUCCUUCCUUCAUAAGAGUCAUUGUCCUACAAUUCAGAUCUGGGUCAAUCAUCAUCACAACUGAUUUAGUUUUCAACUCUACACAGUCUGUGCCAUCAACAACUGAGAUUGCAACCACAUUACUGACAUCAACAACUGCUAUUAAUUCCCUGAACUUGACAUCUGAUUCUAUUGUAAUUAAUGGGACAGCCAUUACAUUAGAAACAACCUCCACCGCUGAACCAACCAUAGGGUCCACAACAGCCACAACAACUCUUUCGGCUACUUCCUCCUCAACUGCCAUUGACAGCACAACUGUUAAUACAGCUGAAACGUCCACAACACCAGCAAGUCAAACAACAGCUCAAUCCUCAGCAAUUACAACAAAUCUUCCUGGAACAUCCACCACUAGUGGAGCAGCUACCACAAUAGGAAAACAAACAACAGCUUCUACUUUUACUCUGGCCACGUCCUCCUCAGCUGCCAUUGAAACUGCAUCUGUCAGUACAACUGAAACACCCACAACCCUAGCAAGUACAACGAGAGUUGAAUCCUCAGCAAUUACGACAACUCUUGCUGGAACAUCACCCACUAGUGGAGCAGUUACCACAAUAGCACAACAAACAACAGCUUCUACUUUUACUUCAGCCACUCCCACUUCAACUCCCAUUGAAAGUACAACUGUCAGUGCAGCUGAAACUUCCACUACACCAGCAAGUACAACGGCAGUAGAAUCCUCAGCAACCACAACCCUUGCUGGAACAUCCAGCAAUAGUGGACCUGUUACCACAACAUCACAACAAACAACAGCUUCUACUUUUACUUCAGCCACUCCCACUUCAACUGCCAUUGAAAGUACAACGCCACUCCCACUUCAACUGCCAUUGAAAGUACAACUGUCAGUGCAGCUGAAACUUCCACAACACCAGCAAGUACAACGGCAGUAG